UGAUACUGGCCUUCUUUAAAGCAGGACAUCCUUUCUGGCAGUUGUUGGAAGGAGAACAGAGGCUAAAGCAUGAGCAGAACUUUAGUCUACCCAAGCUGAGUCCUCCCUUCUGUCUGGGUGCUUGGACUAUUGGUUUGCUACCCCACAGGUCUCUGUUGGCAAGUGUCAGUUUCCUCAGAAGGUGGAGGAGGCACUACGUGGCCCCCCUCGCCCGCCUCACCGUGCCAUGAAGCUGCAGGCGGUGAUGGAGACGCUACAGCGCCAGCAGCGGGCGCGGUUGCAGCAGGAGAUGGAGGCAAGGCAGCUUCAGCAGGAUCCAGUGGGGGCUCCUCCUGACGGGGGUUAUCCGGCAAAUGGCACAGACGACACAGAACCAGAGGCCUUGAAAAUACAGCGAGCACAGGCCGCAGCAUUAGCUGCUAUGAGGGCUGCUGCUGCUGGACUCAGCCAACAGCCAAGUCCUGCUGCCUCAGAAGACGAUGAGGAGGAGGAUGAAGGGGAGAGCAUGCCUUCUGAGGAUGAGCGAGAAAGGGACGGUGAAAGUGAACAUUACCAGGAGAUGGGAUCAGAGGAUGAGGAACUGAAGGGGAAAUGGGAUGAGGAUGAUUUUGAGGACGAGGAAGAUUAUGAAGACAUGGAAGAUGGUGUGGAUGUCGGUGAGGCUGGUAGAUCUACAAAAGGUUCCGUUCUUCCCCCAAAGCACCCUGUUCAACAGGCCUUACCAACACGCCCAUCGGUGGGAGCAGAGCGCCCAGGUCUGCCCCAAAACGCACACCCUCAAAUUCAGGACCAUGGGGACUGGACAUAUGAAGAGCAGUUCAAGCAGCUAUAUGAACUGGAUGGGGAUCCAAAAAGGAAGGAGUUUCUGGAUGACUUGUUCAGUUUUAUGCAGAAGCGAGGAACCCCUGUGAACCGGAUUCCCAUAAUGGCCAAGCAGGUUUUAGAUUUGUACAUGUUGUAUGUGCUGGUCACUGAAAAGGGAGGACUGGUUGAAGUUAUCAACAAGAAACUCUGGCGGGAGAUCACUAAAGGCCUAAACCUGCCAACCUCAAUCACCAGUGCGGCCUUUACCCUGCGCACACAAUACAUGAAGUAUUUAUACCCCUAUGAAUGUGAGAAGAGAGGCCUUAGUAAUCCUAAUGAAUUGCAGGCGGCCAUUGACAGUAAUCGCAGGGAAGGACGCAGACAGAGCUUUGGGGGCAACCUUUUCACAUACUCCCCCAGUGGAGCUCCAAGUAUGCUUUCCUCCCCAAAGAUGCAGGUCUCUGCCAUGGCACUAGGAGGCAUUGCAACAAAUGGGAGCUCCCUUACCUCAAUCCAAAAGCUCAAAAAAGAGGAGGAAUCCCCAUUGUCAUUAACCGUGCCAUCCAGGAUACCAGUUAACUUGACUGGGCACUCUAUGGUGGCAGCUCAGAUGGCCGCCCAAGCAGCAGCCCUAGAGCAGCUUCGAGAAAAGCUGGAGUCUGGGGAGCCUCCGGAGAAAAAGUUGGCACUUGGGUCUGAGGAACAGCAGCGUUUAGUGCAACGGGCUAUCCAGCAGAACCUUCUGGCCAUGACCUCACAGUUUCCCAUGAAUAUCCGCAUAAACAGCCAAGCUGAGGGCAGACAUGACUCUGCUGUUAACCUCACUACCAAUGGCACAAACAGUAUUAGUAUGUCUGUGGAGCUCAAUGGUAUUGUAUACACAGGUGUCCUGUUUGCUCAACCUCCUACCUCAACGCCUGGAAUCAGCAAAGGGAGUGUCACCCGAACUGCCAGUAUGGGAGGGGCCAGUAGCACAUCGGUUGCUCCACCUUCUGCUCCCCCAGCUCCCUCUUCCAACAGCUCUUCACCCUGACAGUGCCGCCAAAUCCCAAUACAGCUGACGCCAAAAACAAAAGGAAAAAAAAUGAAAACAAAACACAAAAACAAGAAAUUGCUCUGUGUUUCACACUCAGGUUUAUUGCUCCUUGUCAGUGGGAACUUCCUGGAAUGCAUAGUAGGGUUGAGGAGAGGGAGUUUGGGCUGAGCCAGUAUGGGGUCUGAAGCUUCAGACCCCUGUCCUUUUGUGAAAAACUCCAUAUACCUCACUUCUUGCACUCU